AUGUACAUGGCGAUUCAGAUGAUGAGAAUGAUAAGGAAAGUGGGGAAGAGGAUGCUCACGAUAAAUCAAAUAGAGGGGGAGGAAUUGUUUACAGAGUUGAUGCAGUUGAAAGGAAGCAGUUACCACGAGUCUUUUCAAACUAGCCUUAAAAAAUCCAAGGAAAGAUUAUUGGAAAAAGAAAAAAUCGAUCUCCCUUUACAAUUGGAACCCAAAAACGUUCGAGACAAGAACGCUGUUGUUGUUCAAGCAAGUUUGUCUACAGGAGAAGGAGGCUGGCAAUCAAUUGGAUACAUCCCUGCUGUUAAAGUCUCCAAAGUCACUAUUGCUAUGAGAAAGCGAGAAGUAAGACUUGUCACCCUUAAAACUGUAUUUUAUCAAUUUGUUUUUGACAUUGGGCAAAAAAAGACAUAA